AUGGCAAAAAAGACCUAUGAUCUGUUAUUUAAAUUAUUGUUAAUUGGUGAUUCUGGAGUUGGAAAAACGUGUAUACUAUUUAGAUUUUCAGAUAACCACUUUACAACAACGUUUAUUUCAACAAUUGGUAUAGAUUUUAAGAUUAAGACUGUUGAAUUACGAGGAAAGAAAAUCAAACUGCAGAUCUGGGAUACGGCAGGUCAGGAACGAUUCCACACCAUCACUACAUCAUACUACCGGGGAGCCAUGGGGAUCAUGCUGGUGUAUGAUAUAACAAAUGAAAAGACUUUUGAUGAUAUCGUGAAGUGGUUAAGAAAUAUAGACGAGCAUGCUAAUGAGGAUGUGGAGAAGAUGAUUCUGGGCAACAAGUGUGACAUGGAGGACAAGAGAGUGGUCAGCAAGGAGAGGGGAGAAGCUAUCGCCCGCGAGCACGGCAUCCGCUUCAUGGAGACGUCGGCCAAGUCCAACACCAACAUCGAGCUGGCCUUCUCCGAGCUGGCGGAGGCGAUCCUGGACAAGAGCGCGGGGCGCGAGGCGGACGCGGACCUGGCGCGCAUCGCGGUGGAGCGCCGCCCGUCCCGCGCGCCCCCCGCCCGCGCCGCGCCCGCCUGCUGCUCCUAG